AAUUUUCUGUACACACUUAGUUACUGUUUUUGUAACUACAUUUACAUUCCUGCCCGUUUAGAUCUUAAUCCAAUGCCGACCGAAGAGAUUUGUGUACUCUUCAAUGAACUUAGAAGCGAUAUGGUUCUGCUAUAUGAAUUGAAACUGGCACUGGCGACUUGUGAAUUUGAGCUACAGACUCUUCGUCAUCAGUACGAAGCCAUGGUACCCGGAAAGAGUCUAGAAGCACCUUUGGCGGCACCACCAUCAAACUCCAUUCUUGUCGACACAAAAACUGAAUCUCCGUCUAGGCAGAAAGCAGAAAUUAUAGACGUCGGCGGCACACCCACGAGUGGAGGCGAAAAGUGGAAAUUGAAGAAGCAACUUUUUCAAGAGCAAGAAAGAAGAUAGAAUAAUUGUCUAGUAAUUGUCUUUAUUUGUAAUUUUUAUUGUUUUAUAUUUGUGAUGUUAAGAGUCUGAACACAAUAAAAUUUUUUGUUUAAGCAACAAUAUUAUA